AUGGCACCAGAGGUCUUCUUCAGCGUUUGCUACGCGGACAAGCAGCCUCCAAAGGCAAUCCAAGACUUGCACACCUUCACCCCAGCCAUUCUCGAUGGCUACUGCCGCCACAGGGUUCAAUAUGCAGACUAUCCCGCCAUUGUCGAAGAGCCAGGCCACUGCGUGCGAGGCAUGUACGCGACUGGAUUGACUGACGCAAACAUUCACAAGCUGGACAUCUUUGAGGGUGAUGAGUAUAAGCGGAUCAAGGUCAAGGUCAAGCUCCUGAAGAUGGAGGACGGAAAGGAAGUUGAGGGAGAGGUCAAGGAGGCGGACGUUUACGUCUUUCUCAACCCCGACCAGCUUGAGAAGCGUGAAUGGGACUUUGAAGAGUUCCGCGAGCAGAGGAUGAAGCUGUGGACCCGAGGUGACUGGGCGUUCUCAGAAGGUAACUCCUUGAGCUGCUAUUACUACGCCCCUUCUGAGAGAUCCACGUUUACUGAUUUGCAGAUGUAG